GUUUAUCUUCGCAGUACUCUAAAGAUAUCUCCCGGCCCGGAACUGCGGGGGCCGCGGUGACACCGAGCAGGGUCAGUACUGCUACAAAUAGACCACCAUCCGCUCCAGGGAAGAUAACGAGCCAUCAUGAUACAAGAACUCAUAGCAACCAAACUGCAGGAGAAGCAGCUCACGAUUCUGCUGCUGAAACCAACAUCAACCCGGCACGACAAGGAGUUGCUUUGUCCAAG